AUGUCUUCCCACAAACGACCCCGUGCUACUGGAGCGAGUCUUGUUGUGUACAUCGAAAACAUCAACAACGACAACCAGAUUACAGAUUUCGAAACCUUUGUCACUGCAGCUGGUUUCUCUGGCACAUUCUUUUGGCCCGAGACGAAAAGUCCUAUUGACCGCUAUCAUGAUGGCUGUUGUUGGGUCCAGUUCCAAUCCGAAGUGGACGCCACUCGCGCACCGGCUGUUCUAGACAAUGCUACAUUCAUGGGAAUGAAUAUUGUCACUAGAUCAGUCACUGUAAACUUUAAACGAGCUCGUCAUGGGAAUGUCACAAGCGUCCAGGACCCUCUCAUGGUUACUCACCACAACAAGGGGCCACAACCAACCUCAUAG